UGCAUACACACAGUGCACACACCCGCACUGGACGACAACUCGCUGACCCACGCAACCACCAUUCGGUGAUUCGUUAUCCUGUUCCCACGAGUCCUCUUGGGAAGCACAUGUUCACGUGUCGAGACUCCCCUCUUGAACAGCACCUCUCCCGCAUACAGCCACGUUGCGCUGCCUCUUCGUCUCGAGCUUGGACCCAAAGAUUUGGAGUGAUCGCCGUCAUGACUGAAGCAACGACCAACGACCUUCCAACUUCUCCGCCCACUUCGCCAGGGGACGAUGCGGCCGCACGUCGAGCUGCUCGAAAAGCUCGCAUUUUGGGAUCGGGUACCGACCGGCUAGCUCGCAUCACCAAGACGGGAAGAGGCGACGAAGCCAGUACAUUGUACCCUCCCACUUCCCCCUCUUCCUCUUCAUCCCGAGGAAUUGCUCCAAACCUCUCUGCAGAGGCAGAUGAACAUCCAGAUCCAGAGGAGAUUGAUCUGGCUCAGUUGGCUAGAUUACAAGCUGGCGAGGGAGGCGCGAUGAGCGUCAAUCCUUUUGCUAGCCCGAGGGCUGGACAAACACACCUCAAUGAUGCGCAGUCUCCCGGACAAGGGCAACAGGGACUUCCGCCAGGUUUCCCGCAGCUUCCAGCUGGCAUGGAGCUGCCUCCCGGCAUGGCGGAUAUGUUUGCUCAGUUUCAAGCCGCCAUGGCCGGUGGAGGAGGUCCACCCGGCUCAAGUGGUGAAGCAGGCGCUCAAACUUCAACCCCACCCGUCGCUCCAUCAGGUUCACGAACGGUGGAGAGGAUCUUUGGCUUGACGAGGGUCUUGAUAUUUGCAGCUUUUGGUGCAUAUUUGGUAGCUCCACUACUGCACGCCCAUAGAGCUGUGCUGGCCGGAGAGGGAGAGGCUCAUCACGUCAACGGAGGAGCAUUGUUGCACUGGGCAAGAUUGGGGUACGAGAGGCCAAGCCCGUGGGAUGCAGGCACUUUUGGUCUUGAAGAGCUCGGACUCGGCGGCAUUCCCGUCUUCUACCUCUUCUUGACUCUCGAAAUCGGGUUGCAAUCGGCAAGAAUCAUGCUGAUGAGGCACCGACCACCUCCGCCUUCUCUCCUUCAACGUUUCUCCCCUUUGCUACCUCCAGCGCUCUCCUCCAUCCUCCUCACAGGCUCUCAAUACUUGACGCUCCUGAACGCCUUCAUCAACGACUUGGCCGUCGUCAUUUUUGUGAUGGGCGUUGGAAUUCUGUGGGCUGGUUGGAGGGUAGGAUACGAUCCGUUCGGUCAAGCAGGCGAUGCGCUAGCUUCCAUCGGAUCUGCCAUCGAUCCCAACCAAUUUGCCGAUACUGCUAGUCCGGCCGGUGUAGCUGCGUCGGCGCGGGGUGCGGUGGGCGGCAUACCCGCUCUGGCCAAAGCAGCAGCUGAGAAUGUCCUCGGUUCUCAACCCCCCUUUGAACCCCCUUACCAGGGUGCUUUGUAAUGUCUCGAUCACGUUCAACGGGCUACGAUUAGCAGUAAUGAUCAUAGAUU